ACACAUAAACAGCAAAUUUACACUGUCGGCAAACUUCUUUUUUAGACUGCUUUUUAACGUUUUUUCUUUUGUCCGCCGCUCGCCGUGAAAGUGACACUCCACUGGUGGUGGUUAUAGUGGUGGCGGCGGCGGCGGCUGGUUUCUCUUUUUUUUUUUUUCUUUCUUUCUUUGACUUGUCGUAACAAUGCAGUUCUUGGCCUUGUACAUUGUUGUGUUCUUGAAGUGUUUUGUUGUUUAUGGACAAGUUCAUCACCGUGUAACUGACCUACACUGGAAACCAGCCACCGCUACAUGGUAUGGUAGCCCUGACGGCGAUGGAAGUGACGGAGGGGCAUGUGGGUACGGGUCCUUAGUAGAUGUGAAGCCGUUGAAGGCAAGAGUUGGCGCAGUGAGCCCAAUACUGUUCAAGAAUGGAGAGGGGUGUGGGGCAUGCUACAAAGUUAAGUGCUUAGACAAGAGCAUAUGCUCAAGGAGGGCAGUGACCAUAAUUGUAACAGAUGAGUGCCCCGGUGGGUAUUGCUCCAACGGUCGAACCCACUUUGACCUAAGUGGUGCAGCCUUCGGUCGCAUGGCUAUAACCGGUGAGAGUGGUCAGCUCAGGAACCGAGGAGAGCUCCCUGUCACUUAUCGCCGGACACCAUGUAAAUAUCCGGGGAAGAACAUUGCCUUCCAUGUUAACGAAGGUUCAACAAAUUACUGGCUAUCUCUUCUAGUGGAGUUUGAGGAUGGUGAUGGUGACGUUGGAUCUAUGCAUAUCAGAGAAGCAGGUGGCAGUGAAUGGCUAGAAAUGAAUCAUCUAUGGGGUGCAAAUUGGUGUAUUAUUGGUGGACCCUUAAAGGGACCAUUCUCAGUUAAGCUAACGACACUAUCAACAGGAAGAGGACUUUCUGCUAGAGAUGUUAUUCCAAGAAACUGGUCACCAAAGGCUACUUACACCUCCCGCCUCAAAUUCUAUCCUAAUUGAUAUAACAAUCUCCCAGUCUCUCUCCUCUUGGUCUGAUUCUGAAACUGCUUUGGAGAGAGUCAAGAAACAGGAAACAAGGCCUUGUGUUUUUAUGCCAGAAAGCUCCUCUUGUCCCCUUUACACAAAUCUACCCAAUCUGUUCUUUUUUUGCCCCUUUUCUUUUUAUUUUUUUAGAAGAAAAGUAGCUCUUGGAUUGCAUAAUGGCAUCCAUUGCUGUUUUUUCUCUUUCUGUUUUUGUUUUUCCUUUCUUUCUUUCCAUUCUGUUUUCAACCCUAAAGUUUGUAUGUUUGUGCAAGUGUUUUCCGUAGAGGUAGCCCUCUCCAAAGGAGAGAGAGCUAAUAGUAAUGUAUUUUAUAAUGUUAUUGGGGUAUGAACUAUGUAUUUUUUUUUUUAAAUCAAUCUGGUCUUGCCCUUUCUUUUU